CAACUGAUCACAAGAAUGAUUCAGCUCUAGGAGUCACAGCAUAACCAGACCACAACAUUCAAAAAAUCAGGAAUUAUACCCCCAAAAUCAUGAGAUUAUCUUAAUAAGUAUCUGGAUUCUUAAAUAAUACAGAUGCAGUUAUUUUUAUUUGCCUUCUGGUCUUGGAGUCUUUCCAAGCUUUUUGUUUUGUAAUCAUGAGGGUGAGAAACUUGCUUCUUUCUUUUAAAUGAAGACUGAGAUAUCUUGACUUUGGAAGCUGGCACUUUAAGAAAAAAACAAAAAAUAUCACAACAUUUUCCAAUGCAAAUUCAGACUUGUCAACACUGGAUUCAGCAGAGCAAAUUCCUUAUUCAGAACUCUUCCCAGGGCUAGAUUGUUGCAUGCAUUAUUUGCAAUUACUUACCACAGUCCUUUAUCAAUUAUUUUCAUAACUAGCUGCUAAAACUGUGCACACAAUUGCUGUACCUGAAUGCAUACCAUGGCAUGAAUAGAUGGGCCUCUGUUGAGAAUUUUGACAUGACCAAGAGCUUUCAGGUGGAAGCAAAACAAAGAAGAGUGAUCUCUGCUUAAAGAAACUUAAAGAAAAGCUGUUUACAAUGGAUUUUAACGUAGCAGAGUCCACCCACAGUAAGUUGUCCUUUAUGGAAGUAUGAAAAUAUAGAUCCACUCUGUUCCCUGAAGCUCAGACAGAUUUCAAAGAAGGAUCUUCCAGAUCAGCUAGCAUGAGAGAUGUGCCUAAAUCGAUGGCAUCUGAGCCAAGGACACUCAUGUAAGAGAAUGGAGCACACAAAGAAACCCAACCCCAAGUUACUCUUUUCUUUCUGUUCUGACUGGAUGUUUGGUUCUGAUUAAUACAUGCUCAUAUGCCGGAGUCAGUUGUUUUGUGACGAAUUCUGUAAUUGACUUUCAGUCUGCUUUAGGAUUUGGACAAAUGGCAAAAGCAACACAUAGUGCAGAAGUGGAACAACUUGUCUUGGACCACAUAAGGACAGCUGCCCCUCCACAGAAGGCCUAUCAGAUUGCUCACGCAUGUUCAAUUACAAAACAGGAAGCCAACAAAGUACUGUACAAGCUGCAUAAGGAGGGAAAGGUUGAGAAGAAUGUCAGCCAUAAAUGGGUGGUCCGUGCAGAGGAGACAGAGGGGGAAUGUCAUCAGAAAACCACUGAGUUGAAAACUGAUGACACCAUGCUUGUCUCACUGCACCAGCCUGUGAACGCUCUGAUGCCUGUGAAAGCUGACAGCAAACUGACAGAAAUCGAGGACCAGAUUUACAAGUUUCUGUCAGAAAAUGGACCUCAGAAUGCACUAGCCAUUGCCAAACACCUGGGAAAGACGACCUGCAAGGCUGUGAAUGCAGAUUUAUAUGCGCUUCAGAAGAAACAUCUCCUCAACUUGGAGGACACCACAAACCUUUGGUCGGUUUACAGAGAGUUCACAGAUGACAAAGCAACAAGUCUUGGAGCAAAUAAGGCCAUUGGUCCAGUUAUAAUCCAGAAUAAUCCAACAAACAUUAUCUAUCAGGGAGGAGUGCAAAACACUGUCUCUAUAGCUGCUUCCACAGCUACUCAGAUUGGAAACUACAACUCUCUGAAUCUAGUGGAUAAAAAAGAUGAUAAUAGACCAAGUACUCCGAGCCCUAGGGCUGAAUCAGAGAAUGCUAAUACAUUACACUGUGAAGUUGAAGCAGCCACCCAGGGUGGUCAGGAAAUCAACAUCAUAGAGUCUACACUCAAGAAUACUGUGAUUGGUGAUGAUAAUCAAAUGAAUAUCAUUCUGAAGGAUUUCCCUCACAGCCCAGAGGAGCAUGUGGACCAAGGUGGCAUUCCAGAAAAGAAUCAAUUUGGUGACUUUCUUACAAGCAGCCUUGGGCCAUCAUUGAAAAUUGUUAACACCCACCCCAGAGACGGGAGCGCUCCAUUACAAAGAGUCAGUAUCGACAAGUCCAAGAUGGAGAAUGUCAUGCUUGGAAACAGCAACAAGUUGAAUGUUCAUGACCAGCGUGGUUCUGCCGGUCUCGCAGAGGAGGAAACAAAUGAGGAAGACGAUGGUUCAGAUUGCAACUUGACGGCAGAGCAAAGCGAACGGACAUCCUGUGAUGAUAGCGGCGUGGCUCAGCCAUGUGACGUUUCCCUUCUUUGUGAAAAACUUCACAAUAUAAUCAUUGGGAACAACAACUAUAUGAAUGUAGAAGAAGCAGCAGAUCUUGCCAGUGAGGAAGAAGAUGAAGACGAAUAAUAGAUAUGCGGGGAAAUGGAGGAUCUCGCUUAUAAGGCCCUUGUAGAAAUUCACACACAUGAGCAGGAAGAGAUAAACUUGCUAAUUCUAAUUAUUUUUGCCAUGGAGAAGCAAGAGAUUUUCUAUGAUUUGCAGACAAUAAAUGGAACAGGACAUGCUGUUCUCUGCCUACUCAAAAAGCAAACAGGAUCCCUCUAGCUUUCCUUAGGGAGCUCUUCUGCAAGAGAAAGAAAAGGAAUAGGGAGUGAAUUAAUUUUAUGCUCCCUGUGAAUGUUCAGAGCCUUUGCUCCAUUGUAAAUCUUGAAUCCACUCAGGACUUCGAAAUCUUACGAUGUGGCAAGUGACAAUUUUCAAAUGGCAGCUGCUGUAAAACUCAGUCACUUCCAAAUGGUGUGCACCAUCAUUAUGCUUCUAGGCAAACUGCUAACGGGAGGCGAUGGCCCAGCACGAGCUAUGACUCUAUUUGGUCGAGAGAGUUUUCACUUCUGCCUUUUUGGAAAAGGAGAUGUGCUAAUGUCUAGGGGGUGGAAUGGGGUGAGGAGGAUGAAUACAGAUGUAUUGUUGUCACUUUAGGAUUCUGGAUCUCUUCUAGGACUCUGUCCAAAUUGGAAAAAGGGAAAGCAAAGGCUAUGGAACCAAAGCUGAGUAACCCUACAAAGACUGUUCCAUCGUAGUAGAGAAUUGUAUCCAGGACAGAGGAUUUUGGGAUGUCCUAUUUUCAAGCUCAGAAAGAGGAGUCCUGUUCAAACCUCCUACACAGCCAUAUGUGUAUUGCAAGAACAGCUGAGCUAGACUGGUUACAGAAAGCUAACAAGUGACUGGUAUUAAGAGGUCAGCAUGUCCACUGGGGAUGUGAAAGGUUAAUCACUUAACCAAUUACCUGGUAAGCAUAAGGCUUAAUAGAAUUCUUGCUGGGUAACUGGUUAACUGGACCUUGCCCCGAAACUCCAGUGGACGGCCAGCUAUGUGAGGCUGGAGCAGCCACAGUUGGGUCAAGCUAACUGGUGGGAUCCCAACCAGACUCACAUUAGGCCAGUCGGGCUGAACCUCGGCUGUGUCGGGCCAGCAGACAGAGCCACAUCUGGUCAUGGCUGCGCUGAAGCAGCUCUGGCAGACAGGUGGUACCCCUGUCCUACAGACCUGGCAGGACUACAGCUCUGUUGGGACCUCAGCCCCAGCUGCCCUCCAGUGGCUCACCAAUAAUUCAAUCAUCUGACUGGUUAGGUGUUACAACAGAGAGUUACAUCCCUAGUGUCCACCUCUCAUUAAGUCUCGAAAUGUUUACUGACUUGCUUAAAGCCCCAGCUUUUUGAAAUAAGCAAUAUGCUUGUCUUUUAAAGAAGAAAAGCCUGAAAAUGUGAACAAAGCAUGGUCUUUGGCUCAGCAACCAAAAAGGCAAUGAAAAGAACCCCAAAGGAUAUAGCUUUUUAGAACCUCUUGAUUUUUUUUUUCAUGAUUAUGGGGCCUGUCUCAUAAUACAGUAAAACUCCAAUAGUCCAGCAUC